AGAGUAGUCUAAAAUACUCCAUUUCUAUGCUGAAAACUCAAUACCAUUCAUUAGAUGUGCCUUGAUUGAUGCUUGCCUAGAAGAGGCAGCAAGACAGGUCCCUCUUUCUCUCUCAUUUCUUUAGCACAAACAAAGAGUGAUACACAACAUUGGAAAGAUCAGACUAAGCUGGAAAGGCAUCCAACAAUGGAGGGGGGGAUGAACAUCAAUAAUUCUGCCCCUGAACUAGUCCUACUUCCAUAAAUGCUCACACUCUUACACAUUUUUUGGUGAAGGAAAUGGGAGCUCGUUGCACAAAGCUCUCAGUUUGCUGGUGGCCAGUUCACUUGAAGCCAUCCUCAAACUACUCUGAGUUUUCUGAGGAUGAAGGGAAAGGAGGGAUUCCGGUGUUCAGAGAGUUUGGGCUGGAUGAGCUCCGUGCGGCCACUGAUGGCUUCUCCGCCGACCGCAUUGUGUCCGAGCACGGUGAGAAGGCUCCCAAUGUUGUUUACCGUGGCGUUCUCUUCGACUCCGACCGCGUCGUUGCCAUUAAGCGUUUCAACAAGUUUGCUUGGCCUGAUCCUCGCCAAUUCCUUGAAGAAGCCAAAGCUGUUGGGCAGCUGAGGAAGGAGAGGUUGGCAAACCUCAUUGGAUGUUGCUGUGAAGGGGAUGAGAGACUCUUGAUCUCAGAGUUCAUGCCUCAUGAAACCUUAGCCAAGCAUCUCUUCCAUUGGGACUCUCAGCCGAUGAAAUGGGCAAUGAGGAUAAGAGUAGCACUCUAUCUGGCUCAAGCUCUUGAGUACUGUAGUAGCAAAGGCAGAGCAUUGUAUCAUGAUCUGAAUGCAUAUCGAGUUCUUUUCGAUCAGGAUGGGAAUCCCAGGUUGUCCUGCUUUGGUCUCAUGAAGAACAGCAGAGAUGGCAAGAGCUAUAGUACUAACUUGGCCUUCACUCCUCCAGAGUACCUAAGAACAGGGAGAGUGACUGCUGAAAGUGUAGUCUAUAGCUUUGGCACACUUUUGCUCGAUCUUCUUACUGGAAAACACAUUCCUCCAAGCCAUGCACUUGAUCUUAUACGUGGCAAGAAUUUUCUAAUGCUGAUGGACUCGUGUUUGGAGGGGCAUUUCUCGAAUGAUGAUGGAACUGAAUUGGUGAGAUUAGCUUCUCGAUGCUUGCAAUAUGAACCUCGUGAGAGGCCUAAUAUAAAGUCAUUAGUAUCUGCUCUCACUUCUCUUCAGAAAGAAGCUGAGGUACCAUCGUAUACUUUGAUGGGCAUUUCACGCGGUCCAGCAACGUCUGAAAGAGUGCUUUCUUUAACACCACUUGGUGAAGCUUGCACUAGAUUGGACCUCACUGCUAUACAUGAAAUAUUAGAAAAGCUUGGAUAUAAGGAUGAUGAGGGGAUAGCAAACGAGCUUUCUUUCCAGAUGUGGACCAACCAAAUGCAGGAGACCUUGAACUCCAAAAAACAUGGAGAUCGUGCCUUUCGAGCUAAAGACUUUGGAACUGCAAUCGAUUAUUACACACAGUUUAUAGAUGGUGGAACAAUGAUCUCUCCGACUGUAUUUGCUCGGCGUUGCUUAUCAUACCUUAUGAACGACAUGCCUCAAGAAGCUCUCGGCGAUGCAAUGCAAGCCCAAGCAAUAUUCCCGCAAUGGCCGACAGCGUUUUAUCUUCAAGCUGCGGCUCUUUUCAGUCUUGGAAUGGAUACUGAUGCCCAGGAAUCAAUCAAGGAUGGACUUGCAUUAGAAGCUAGAAAGAACAGCAUGAAUUAAUGUUUAUAGAUAUGUUUUUUCACUUCAUUUCCUACAACAUCUCUUCGUCUUUUUUUUUUAUUGAUCUUCCAUUAUUUGGUUCUUAUAUUUCACAAGCUGCUGUUGUUAUA